AAUGAAGCAGUCCAAGGCUGAGCGGAAAAGGCCCCUCGGGGGGACAUCGGGGGGUGCCGGAGGCGGCUGCCGGCAGAGGCAGCCUGGAGGAGCAGAGCCCUGUGUGCCCCAGGAGCCCAAAGUGGGGAGCCCAGAGAGGGGGGAGCGCCGCCAUGGGCGGGAGCCUCAAGAGCCUGGAGAGGGGCAGGGGGGACUCCUUGGAGCCGCUGCAGCCCCGAGCAGAGAAUGAGGGGAGAAGGGAGCCCGGGAGCCCAAACAGCCCCGGCAUCCCGAAAUGGGGAGAUGGAAAACGGGGAACUUUUCGGAUCGCCGGGUCUCCCAGCAGCCUGGGCAGGGCGGGCACCGAGUAGACGGGGGACCCCGAAUCCAAGCGUGAUCCCCAGCAGCUGGGACAGGGGGGAACCUCCCCGGGCACCUGCGGGAUGGGGGGCGAUGCUCUUGGGUUCCAGAGUUCAGGCAGCGCUGGAGCCGCACGAUUCCGGCCGUGCUCUGCUCCCGCCGCUCCCUGCUGCCGCUCCGCCUCUUCCUCCCUCCUCCUCCUCGUCCGGUCCCGGAGCCCUCGCAGCCGGCGGGAGGAGCGGGGAUGGAGCCGGGUCAGGAUUUCCCAUUCCCAACCCCUGGGAGGCUGCAAGGCAGAGGAAUAUGCCCGAGGACACUGAUGCAGAGCAGGAGCUGAGCAUGGAGAGCAGGGAGGACAAAUGCCCGCGGCAGAACCUGGUGGCAGAGGCCGUUUUGAGCGGCUCCACAGCGCAGGAAUCCAACGCGGAGGAAAAGCCCUGGAGAUGCCGCACGAGGAGGGGCUGCAAACGCAGCUGGCGGGGAUCUGAGGGGGAAAGAGCCAGCCUGGGCCGGGAAGGCGGCCAGAGAUGGAGCCAGAGCUCGGAGCUGGUGCUCCAUGAGCAGCUCCAUGAUGGGGAGAAGCCCCAGAAACGUGUGCAGUGUGGGAAGAGGUUCCGGAGGAGCUCCGACCUGAUCAAGCACCAGAGGACCCACACUGGGGAACGGCCCUACGAUUGUGAUCAAUGCAGGAAAAGAUUUAAGACCAGCUCCCAUCUCCUCCAGCACCAGCGCACGCACAUGGAGGAGAUGCCCUUUCGCUGCCCCGACUGUGGGAAGGGAUUCAGGCACAAGUCCCAUCUUGUCAUGCACCAAGAAAUCCAUACUGGGGAGAGGCCCCAUAAGUGUGAGGAAUAUGGGAAGAGCUUCAGCUGGAGCUCCAGCGUGAUCCGGCACCAGGUAAUCCACACCGGGGAGAGGCCCUAUGAGUGUGAGGAAUGUGGGAAGAGCUUCAGCUUGAGAUCCCACCUGAUGAGGCACCAGGUGGUCCACACUGGGGAGAGGCCCUACGAGUGUGAGGAAUGUGGGAAGAGCUUCAGCUGGAGCUCCACCCUGAUCAGGCACCAGAGGACCCACACUGGGGAAAGGCCCUACGAGUGUGAGGAGUGUGAGAAGAGGUUUAGCUUGAGAUCCGAGCUGAGUCAGCAUCAGAGGACCCACACUGGGGAACGGCCCUACGAGUGCGAUCAGUGCAGGAAGAGAUUUCAGUCCAGCUCCCAUCUCCUCCAGCACCAGCGCACGCACACAGAGGAGAGGCCCUUCCGCUGCCCCGACUGUGGGCAGGGCUUCAGGCACAAUUCCCAUCUUGUCAUGCACCGACAAAUCCACACUGGGGAGAGGCCCCACGAGUGUGAGGAAUGUGGGAAGAGCUUCAGUCGGAGCUCAACCCUGAUCAGGCACCAGAGGACCCACACUGGGGAACGGCCCUACGAGUGUGGGGAGUGUGGGAAGAGGUUCAGACAGAGCGCCAACCUGAUUCAGCACCGGAACAUCCACACUGGAAAACGGUCGCACAGGUGUGGGAAAUGUGGAAAGAGCUUCAGGCAGCAUUCCUACCUGAUCCGCCACCAAAAGAUCCACACAGGGGAGAGGCCCUACGAGUGUGAUAAAUGCAGGAAGAGGUUUAAGACCAGCUCCUAUCUCCUCCGGCACUAUCGCAUUCACAGAGAGGAGAGGCCCUUCCAAUGCCCCGACUGCGGGAAGGGAUUCAAGCACAACUGCACCCUCAUCACCCACCGGCGCAUCCACACUGGGGAGAGGCCCUACGAGUGUGAGGAGUGUGGGAAGAGCUUCUCACAGCGCUCUCACUUGAACAAGCACCAACGGAGCCACCAGUAAGGGAAGCCCUGCGAGUGCCCCGAGUGCAGGAGGAGCUUCGUGCGCUGCUCCAGCUCCAUCCCCCACUGGAGGAGGCACUUUGGGCACAGCCCUGGUCACUCACAUUCCUGUGAUCCAUGUUGGGAACACACCAGGCUGCUUCUCCUUUCCGUUUGGCCUGAAUUUUCUUCUGCUUCAUCUUCAUCUCUUAAAAGCAGCCAAACAGGGUUAAAUGAAUGAAAUUGAUCAAAGAUGUCCAAAGUCCCUCCAUUAAUCAGGAGUUUGAGGGGGAAUUUAGGACUUGGGGACACAUUCUGUGUGGAGUGGCUCUGUGUCUAAGAGGCAGGAAUUGGAUUUCACCCUUCUUGUGUUGCUAAGAACUCCUCCCUUGACCCAAACCCCAACUCCAGCCCUGGGAUACCCUAUAAAAACCCCAUGGCUCUGCCUUUGCCCUGUCUAUCGGGGGUCAGAAAUGGAUUCUGGAGCUUUCUCAAACCAAGACCCAACUUGUUUGUUCCUGACAUCAGCAGCUGCAGCCUCCCUGGAUACCAUGAACUCUGGAGAAUGGGGGCAGCCAGUGAGGACAGGUCCUGAAUUGCAAGAUAAGUGUGUGUUCUGUUUGCCAUCUGUCAGAGGUGGGGCAGUUAUCUUCUGUUCAUUGGGCAGUUUAUCUCUUCCACAACCAAUCCUCCCUCCAGGAGAUAUCUUCUGAUAAUGGACUGGCUAUUAAUUAUUAAUUAUCUGUUGUUAAUGGGCCAUUGAGUGUCCCUGCAUGGCUGAUAAAAUGACAUCCUGCCAUUAGGUGAUGCUCCGCCCAGGAGGAGGAGCCAAGCAUUCCUGGAUAGAAUCUGAGGUUUGGAACACCACAGCAGCCUUUUCCCACUGGAUUCCCAGAGGAGCAGCUGUCUUCUCCACUGGAUUCCCAGAGGACGGAAGAUUCCCCAGCCCAUCUGCAGCAGCCUGGACCUUCAGAGGAAAACUCCACCCUUCUCCAGGCUCCCUGCUCCAACAGAACCACACCUGGCACUGCAGGAGGGCUGCAGCCACCAUUCACUGGGACUGCUGCCAAUACCCUGACCCACAAGGUGUCAGGUACUGUUCUGACUCUGUCAGUGGUUUUGUUUGUUUGUACUACAGCAUUUGUAUUUUUAAUUUUUCCUUAUAAAACCUGUUAUUCCUAUUCCCAUAUCUUUGCUUGAGAGCCCCUUAAUUUCAACAUUACAACAAUUCAGAGGGAGGGGGUUUACAUUUUCCAUUCCAGGGAAGGAACCUGCCUUCCUUAGCUGACACCUGUCUUUUCAAACCAAGACAAUAACAGUUACUUUAACACACAGAUAUAAAAUACAUUUUAAUAUCUUUGAAAAGCCAAUAUUAUAAUAUAUGUGUAUAACGAUAGUGACCUUAAAAACAUGGGAGUAGAAAGCUUAUGAGGAGGGGAAUUUCCAGUAAGGGAAGCAAAAUUCCCAGUACUGGGACUGGGCCAUGGGACGGACAUCUACCAUCAUUCAGCGAGAGGUUUAUUUUUAUGGAUAUGUAUUAUAAUAUUGGCUUUUCACAGAUAUUAAAAUAGAUUUUAUAUGUGUGAUGUUAAAGUAACUGUGUUGUAAAGAUACAGUUUUGUUUUCUGUCAUUAAUUAAGCUUAGUGAAAUAGCUGCUUGUGUUAAACUGCCUGCUUGGAUGGGAUAACAUCCAAUGCACACAGGAUGAGGACACCUGUACAGAUCUGCCAACUAUCAGCAUUCCCCAUCUGCAGGCAGAGUGGACCAAGGCCCAAAAACUGGAGGUGAUAAGAAUGGACUAAAACCACAACCAAGGAAUCUGCAUGCCCUAAAAAGGCAGAUCCAAGGAAGAGCCAUGCUAAACCGUUCUUGAAGCAUGUAAACUAGUUUGGGGGUAAAGUUUGCUGUGCAUGAGGGUCUAUGAAUAUGCAACAGGCUGAUGUAAGGGGAAAGGUAUUUCAGGGGGAUCCCUGGUGCCGAGAUGCACCCGGCCGUGAUAACCUUUGCUCCAUGGUCCUGGUCUCCCAUUGUCCUUUAUUAAACUUUUUACAUUUUCACAGGAGAAUGAACGUGUUUUUCACAUUUAGGAACGGUUUAAGAUUUUUUGUUUUUCAUGGGAGGGAGUUUUGAAGAGCUACAAGUGGCUAAUCUGCCUGCAACAAGGACCAUUUCACGGGCUCUUGUCACCUUUCCUGACACAUCUGCUGCAGCUCAUGGAGGGUAAAGCCCUGGAGGCUCCUUGGGGGCGGUUAUGGAUGAUUGCAGGCAGCGCCUCGAUGCCCUGGAUCAGCCCUGCCCCCUCCUGGGAACCCCCACAUUUUGGGGAAGAUUUGGAGGGUUUUGAGGAGAUUUGAGGGAGAUUUUGUCUGGGUUUGAAUCCUACGCCAAAUUUGGGGUCAGGGAGGUACCAAAACCACCCAAAAUCCACCCAGAAUUGACCCAAAAUUACCAAAAAUUAACCCAAAAUGUCCUCCAAAUCCAUCCUCUGGGGGUUUGGGGGAGAUUUGGAGGGAUUUUAGGGGAAUUUUAGGGGUGAAUUUUUAGUGGGUUUGAAUCCUACGCCCACUUCAGCAUGCAUGAGGUACCCAAACCCCCCCCAAAAUCCACCCAAAAUUUUUCCUGAGGUGGUUGGGAGGAAGUUUGAGGGGGUUUGAGUGAAUUUGGGGGUUCCGGGGGAGAUUUUAUGGGGGUUUUUGGCAGUCAUCAUCAUCCAAAACACAACACCCCAUGCCAAAGCCUAGACCAAACCCUAAGGACUGUGCCCCCCAUGGAGAGGAGAUCAAAGAACUGCACCCCUUCUGGGGAGGAGAUCAAAAGCCAGAGGAGACUGAGCUAUUAACUCAUUAAGUAAAAACAUAUUCAUUUAAUCAAGUAUCGUCAUUUCUGUUACUUUAUCCUUUGUGAUUAAGUCUCGAAUGCUUUUCUAUUCCUUGUUAAUUUAGCUGAAUAAUAUUCAUUUUGGUUUUGUAAACUAUUAAGUCAUAUUCCUGAUCUUAUAUAUGUGGUCCCAUAUGUCUAAUAAACCACAAAUAAACUUACAA